UUGCGCGGUGAGUCGCACAUCCGGGUUGUUCUAACUUCGCUCGCCGCACGUGGUGUUUUUAGCUGCUGGUUACAGAGUAUAAAUCUGCUUUCUGCUCGGAAAUCACCGAAAUAAACUUCACAUUCCGGCGUGUGAUCAGUUGAUCAUGUUCCUGCAGUAUUAUCUGAACGAGCUCGGCGACAGGGUUUAUACUCUGAAGAAAGUGGACCCGAGUGGUCAGCCCACCAGCUCGGCUCAUCCGGCCCGCUUCUCACCGGACGACAAGUUCUCCAGACACCGAGUGACCAUCAAGAAGCGCUUCGGCCUGCUGCUGACCCAACAGCCCCGACCCGUGCUCUGAGACCAUCAUCAUCAUCAUCAUCAUCAUCAUGAUGACCCAUGCUCUGAGACGACCUGUUCCUCUCUAACAGACUGACCAUCAGUGCACUUCACACAGCUCACUCCUCUCGACUGAAUCAUGUCAUGUUUACUCUCUCAUCUACAAACACACUGCUAUCUCUGUUUAUUCAAUUAAAUACAUGUCAUAAAAUAACA